AUGGUUACUACACGUGGAACGAACCGACCGGCUAUUGACGCCGAGUCGAAGGCCAAGACGAUGGCGCAUAUGAACAAGGAGCACAAGCACGAUCUUUCGCUCUAUCUACAACACUUCGCCGGCCUGUCCGCCACUGCCGCGGUAGAUUCGGAGCUCGUUGACAUGGACACCCAGACUUUGACCAUUCGCUCCACCAACGACACGACCAUUAUACCGUUUACCCCGCCCCUCGAGUCUUGGAACGACCGCCGUUCUCGCUUGGUCGAAAUGUCUGCCGAGGCCGAGAAAGCGGUCGCGCUGCGCAACGGCGUAGUAUACUAUGCACCUCGGGGCCUACACUGGAUCUCCUUCGCCGGCGUCACAUUCUACUACAUCUGCGCGGCGCUCGUCUUCAGCGGCUUCGUUGAACCCAAGUCGCCGAUAUCUCAUGCCCUUGACAAGUCGGGGUUCCCGUACGGCGCGUGGGGGUUCAGAUGGAUUGUCAGGGCAAUCUUCUUGCCGGUGCUGGGGAUUCAUGUGGUGGAGAGCUUCUGGUUCGAGCGCACCCGCUUGCACCCAGCGGGCGUCCGGCGCGGGUCGGUUGUCUGGUUUCUGUGGCUAGCCUCGACCUUCUUGGAAGGCAUCACUGCCUUUUUGCGCUGGGAUGAAUUGGUGAAGGGCAAGAGAACGCAUGCGAAGACGCACUGA